CGUCAGAUCAAGUAAUACCCCCUGGUUCAGUUGUGCACAUCUCAAACCCAAGAUAAACAGAAACCCCCUAUUCUACACUUCUACCUGCCCCCUGCGUCAUAGAUCUGUAUCCUUGAGAGCACAAUAUAUCACAGAAUACAGUAGUUAAAUAUGUCAAGUGAAUCAGCGUCGGAGACUAGCCGCCUACCAACUGUCCCUGAGAUCGAAGCUGCAACAGAACGCCUAAGCAUGUCCGAUGCAUACGAUCAAGUCUUCCGUGUGGGAGAGCGUUUCGCAGUGAAAUCGGGCUACGGCGUACCUCUCAUUGAAGGUGAAACCAUGAAGUUUCUCGAAGAGCACCAAGUUCCAGUUCCAAAAGUUCAUGCAGCUUUUGAGGACCCAGACUCUAAGAAAACUUAUAUUAUCAUGGAUCACGUCCCUGGCGAUACGCUUGAAAGCUUAUUGCCGUUCCUUGAUCCGAGUGAAAAGACCAUAAUAUGCAAGUUGAUCGAAGACGCGAUGUCGAAGCUACGGAGUAUACCGUCGCCUGGAUACUUCGGGAUGCUGAACCGCCAGCCCUACCUUGACGGGGUAUUCUGGACUGAAGAUAAUAAUCCAAAGAUAUCUGGGCCCUUUACAAACCAGGAAGACCUGAAUCUUGCUAUCAUUGAAAGAAUGAGUUAGAUUGAGAGAGAGCAGUAUAUUCAAUUGUUGAGACCUAUGAUCGACCGGACCCUUCGCGGUCACCGUCCUGUUUUUACCCACGGUGACCUUCAA